AGAUUGCGAGAGAGACAGGCCGGCUUACGUCGUGUUUCAACUGGACAAAGUGUUUGAUGUCAACAAAGAGACAUCUUAUUUCGAAUGGGGUGAGCUACAGGCGGAUUUGGGAAGACUUGCAUCUGUAUUAGAUGUGGGAAUGCUGAAGACGAUAUCAGUUAACUUCAGUAAGUUACUGAACCAAAUGCUUUUGGUAUCAGAUGUGAAUUUGGCGAAAUAUAGAAUGGAUUACAACGUGCCCGUUGUCGGAAAGGAUCUCCCAUCAUUAGUGGAUCAACUUCAAAAUGUUGCGGCUCAACUAUCAGACCUAACAACUGCGGGUCGUCUAGAAACACUGGCAUCAAGAACCCAAAGAUUGUAUCUUACGAACAUUAAGCCAUUGGAGCAAUUGCGAGCUGACGUGGUAUUCAAGUUAACAGAAUUGGAGCUACAGCUGAUGCCUUUCAGAAGGAAACUAAACAUUUCUUUAAGUCAUAUACAUACAGCGCAGUUUUAUAUUGAUAACCAAGGAGAUGUAAUCGCUCAAAAGAAAGUGUCAACAUACGUGUCCCGUUUAAUAUCUCACGCGGCCGGCUGGCGGACCCACGUGUUAGUGUCAGCUGGGAAGCACGCCGCGAGAUGCAGGCCUUUGUUCGCCGUGUACGCGGCGAUACGGUCGCUGCUUUGCGGCAAUUACGUCGCUUCGUUG